AUGACCGUUCAAUCACCCACCCAAAUCACCGACCGGCUCUCGUUCCGCAGGGCCUCCCUCGCCGACGUCGCCCAGGUCCGGGCCCUCGUCGUGUCCGCCUUCCGCGGCGCCUCCAGCCUCGCCGGCUGGACCACCGAGGCGCACCUCUUCACCGACGAGCGCAUCUCCAAGGCCGGCCUCGUCGCCAAGAUCCAGCACCCGGGGACCCAGGUCAUCAUGGCGCUCGACGAGGGCGACGGCGGCGCGCUGCUGGGCUGCGCCGAGAUCGUCGCCGCCGAUGCCGCCGUGCAGAUCGGCAUGGUGGCCGUGGUGCCCGAGAUCCAGAACCGGGGGAUUGGCAAGGCGCUCAUUGCGCAUCUCGAGGAGGUUGCGCGGCGCGAGUACGGGGCGCGGAGCGCGGAGAUGUGCGUGAUUGCGUCGAGGGAGGAUGUCAUUGGGUUUUAUGGGCGCAGGGGGUACGUCAAGACGGAGCGGACGAAGCCGUUUCCGUAUGACUUGUUGGUGAAUGGAAAGGCGCUGCAUGACGAUUUGUAUUUCGUUGUUCUGGAAAAGACUUUGUCAAAACAAUAG